AUGCCUAGCUGGCGAUUACAGCAGAAACUCCUGGCCCUCUACCCCUGCAGAGUAGGCGCCGGACUGAACCCCUUCGCAGCAGCAGCGUCAACACACAGCUCAGAACGCAGGAUGCAGCCAUGGCCAAGGGCCCUACGACGAAAGACUCUGAGGCAGAAGGUGCUCUUGGUAGCAGCAGCAGCCCAAGCAGCAGCAGCAGCUCUCGCAGCCAAACGCGCACGCCAUCCCGAGAACAGUCUGUACGACGCAAACAGUCCUUGGCAGCUGCGCGAAGCGGCGAAAAUGGAGGCGUCACGCGCAAGGCAGGCGCUUCUGGAAGGCGCAUGUCGAGCUCAAGAAGCGCGAAGAGCAAGGCGGAAGAAGCCGUCUCAUCCGUCUCUGGGGGCAGUACGCCUCGUUCUCUGCGCAGUCUUCUGUCAUCGGAGAGGAGCUGCAGCCGUCACAGCAGCAGUAAGAGUCUCCUUGAGGUCGGCAGCAGUCUGCUUGCAGCGAAAGUCGCAACGCAGUGUACAGACACUGGCUGCCCCUCUCCCCCCCGAACCCGACUGGCUCCCUCGCGCUUCAAAUCGCAGCCUCAGACGCUCUCUCCUGCCACCUGCGGCAGUCGCCAUGCAGACUGGGGGAGAAAAGAACAUGGCAGCACCAGCUUUUCUUGGUAUGAAGCCUCCAACCCUCGCUGGAGAGGCUUACGCGGCAGCUCCUCCUCCUCCUGAGGCUGCUGCGAGGCUUUCUGAGACGCUUGCAGUCGAGCGGCGGCGAGCACAGCCUCCCCCCAGGAAGCAGCUGAAGACUUCAGCGCCGCCGGAGUCACAGUGCAGCGCCAUGGCUGUCGAUGGGGAGGCGCGAGGCGCCGUUCACAGCGGCGCUCCGCGCGCAUGCAUUUGUGUGUUGCAAGGACCUUCAGGAAGCGGCAAGAGGUGGCUACUGAUGAGCCUCGCUGACUCCUUGGGGAUGCGCGUAAUAGAAUUCGACGAGGCUGCUGCAGCUGCUGCAAGUGCAGCGUCUGCUGCUGACGGUUCUGCAGGCAUACGCGGCAGCGGAGGCAGAGGCGGUCUACUGCGAGGCGAGCCUCUCUCCUUAGGCAAAGCCUAUCUUUUGUUCCUUUCGCAGGCGCUCAAGCGAGUCGCGCUGCCGCUCGAAGCGCUUGCCAAUAGCGAAGCAGGCAGCAGAAGCAGCAGCAGCAGUAAGACACGAAAGAACUGCGCGACUGCCGUGGUUCUGCUGCGGCAGCUGCCCGCUUCCUUGCUGCAGCACUCCUCCACGUUUGCACGGCAGCUGCAGCAGCUCCUGCAGCAGCAGCAGCAGCAGCAGGGAAGUGCGCAGCCGCUGGUGCUUCGCUUGCUGCAGCAGCUUCAAGAGCAGACAGCAGCGGAUCUGCGGGGAGAGGGCUUGGCGGCUGCCGCCGCGCGAGUUGCCGCAGCCGAUGUAGCCGCCAUUGCUGCCGCUAGCAAGGGAGACUUACGGCAAGCGCUAGGAAGCCUCAGACUUGCUGCCGUGACGCCUGCUGCUGCUUGUCUGGAGACGGGGGAAGCGCCUGCUGCGAUCGCUGCGUGGCUUCGAACGACCACGCGCCGCGGGGAGUCGCGAGAGACACGUGCUGCGGACAGAUCCUCAAGUGCAGCACGAAAAAAAACAGCAGCCACGGCAGCAGCGGCUGGCAUCCUAGCUGCCGCCAUGUGGUGCAAAGACGCGCAGCUCGCCUCUUUCCACGUCAUCGGUAAGUUCCUCUAUGGAAAGCGGCUCCUCACGAGCUGCACGACGGAGCAGGGAAGAAAGACACUUCAAACGCAGCCGCCGCAAACGCGAUCUGCCGAUGCCAACGCUUCCGCCAAAGGAGCCUUGCGAGCAGCAGGUGCAGCAUGCGCUGCUGCAACGCAGGGGGGUUGGGGGGGGCGCAUGCAAUGGUCUCCCGUUGAGCGCGAGGCAGCCGCCGCUGCGGAUCUAGAAGACUUGCUCGCAGCCGUAGAUGAAGAUGAACAGAUGCACGAGGAGCAGCGGCAGAUGGACUGUGUCUAUGCGGCAGCUGCUGCUGCGAUUGAGGCUGCGGCAGCUGCACCACUCUCGGCUGCUCAUCUGCACGCUCCUGCGACGGCUGCCUCAAGGCUCCCUCUCCACUACAGAUUGCGCGAAGAUGGAUGGCUUUGGGCAGCGCAAGACUCGGUCAGAGGCUUCAUGCCGAGUGGCGUCUCCCUCUUGCCUCCUCCUCCUCCUUCGUCUCCUUGCGCGUUCAGUUCAGCGGCUGCUGCUGCUGAUCGGCAGCAGCAGCCACGCCAGCUCAGCUUCUCCAUGCUGCAGCGGAAAGAAACGCGACCUCCCCUCUACUUUGUUCCCUCCGCAGUGCUGCAGCAGAUGACGCUGGAUCCGGAGACGUUCGUGCAGCUGCUGCAUGCGAAUUACCCGCCUUUCUUCGAAGACAUCGAGGACGCUGCAGCUGCAGCUGCCGCCUUCGCUACCAUGGAUGCUGCUGCUGCCUUUUCUGUCGCUCACAGGUGGAGGAGACAUGGAGGAGGCGAUGCCGCGGCGACUGCUGAUGAGCGUCUUGCUGCCACAGUAGCGGAAUUCUGCGGAAGGGCCGUUUUAGACGCCAAUCUACACCCCUGCUGCCCCUCUCGCAGCAGCAGCAGCAGCAGCAGCAGCGAAGGCUCCACGAAAGGCUGGGGCUUUGCCUUCUCAGGCAGUGUCACUGCAGAUUUACGCAAACGGCAGCAAAAGGCUGGCACUGCUUGGCGCGCUUACACCACCAGCGUCCGCCUGCUGCUGCAGCAGCAACUCCAACAGCAACUCCGACCCGAAAUGCAGCAGCAGCAGCAACAGAGAGGGCCCCCCCCCCUCCUCCGGGGGGGGGGCCCCUCCAGGGGGCAGUGCAGUGGCCUUUGCUGCCUCACGCCAGAUUGCAGUCGCGCACUGCUGCAGUGGGAAGCUCCUCUGCUGCAUCUGUUGUCUCCGAGGGUCGGGGGCCCCUCGAACAAGAGGCCUAUGGGGCCCCCCGACCACACGGACGACGGGGAUGCCAGCAGUACCCUGGGGGGCCCCCCCCCCCCCGGGGAAGUACUCUGCGAGCGAUGCCGCGCACUGGCGAAAGCUCCCUCCUUUCCGUGGAGAGGAGAGAGGCCUUUUCGAACCUCUUCCCAGGGAAGCCCCCUGGAAAGAGAGAUGCACGACAUAGAAGAAAUAGAGGAGGUCUAG